AUGGGAGAUGCAGAGGCGAAGACGGCGCGGCGUGGAGUUGGCGAGUUUUUGUACGGUUUAGCGCGUGAGGGCGAGGGCGUCUUUGGGGGCGAUGGGGAAGACACUCGGAGAGGCAUUCCGCUGCACUCUCUUUGGUCCUUUUCGGGGUCAUGCAAGGGUGUCUGCGCAUGCGCGUGUUGCCUGUAUCUGUACCUGGCGAGCCUCACCUCUAUGAUUUAUCACAUUGUUCAAGCACAUAUGCAAGACGGCACAUUGCAACUGUUGAGUUGCCUGAAGCUAAUGAAGGGUGCUAAGACUAAGACAAACACUACCCAAGGCAACAUGCCACGCAUUCAGUGGCUGGGAACUUGGAGAAAACGCCACCGGGCCUUGAAUUCUGACAAGUCCGAUUCCCCGCGUUUGCACUUGGGACUUUCAGAUGUGCAGGCGACUCUUGUUGGAGGCUCGGACUACGAGAUCAGCGAUGCCAAUUCCAACAAAAUAAGACAGCUCACUUUUUGCCUCAUCUUACAGCUGAGAUUUGCUGUUCUUGUCGUAAAAGUCAGUCACGAAUCCACAACUACACCUGUAUCACCACAAGUGCAACAGCAAAUACGAAUGAAACUGGGCUUUUCAUAUUCCAGAUAUGUACACCAGGGGCCAGGAUACCCACGAUCAAUAUCUACAUUGAGAAUUUCAUCAGACUUCAGCAACCAUGUCCACGGACAGGUAACUGCGUCUUCCGGCAACAACGCCGCCGUCAAAAUCACGUGGCGCCGGCCGCAUGCUCCACUUCCGUCGAUAUGCACCCCGUAA